AUGAUUUUGGUGCGUCUCUAUGUUGAUGACAUAUUGCUAAUUGGGAGUUGUUCAAAUGAUAUAGCUACGUUCAAGAAGCUGUUGAUGAAUAAGUUUGAGAUGAUUGAUCUAGAAAAUAUGACAUAUUUUCUAGGGAUGAAGAUUAUGUACUAUGACAAGGGUAUAAUCUUGCAUCAACUGAAGUAUGAACUUGAGCUUCUGAAGAGAUUUGAGCCGAUGAAUUACAAAUCUACAAUCACACAUGCUGAGACAAAUCACAAGCUUGAUUCUGAUGUUGAGGGUGAUGAUGUAGAUGCUACAAUAUUUAAACAUUUGGUAGGUUUAUUGAGGUACCUCUGCAAUACCAUACCUGUCAUUUGUUAUGUAGUUGGAAUGGUGAGUAGGUUUAUGAACAAACCAAAAUGGUCAAAUUACCAAGCUGCUUUGAGGAUAUUAAGGUAUGUUAAGGGGACUCUGAAGUAUGAAGUUUUGAUCCUUUCUGGUGCUAAAACCGAGUCAGAGAUGAUGUGCUAUUCAAAAUCUGAUUGGUGUGAAGAUAGAGUUGUCAUAAGAAGUACUUAUGGAUAUCUUUUCAAGUAUCUACGAGGUCCUAUUUCUUGGUGCUCCAAGAAGUAA